AUGCAAAUUGUCACCCAAACACCACAACCAGAAAACAGUAGGACUCAACAGCAACUCGACAAACCAACAGCUCGCACAUAUGCAAGCGCAGUUUCACCAAAGCAACCGACACCAAUGCACACCCAGGUGGAAAGCAGGGUUAAUACCAAGACGCCAAUCCAAGGGCCCUCAAAACAACCGCCUACGCCCAAGCCCAGGGAACAUGUGCCAAUCCCGAAGCCAGGGCACAGCUCAAAAUCCACCGAAGUCGAGCGAGUGACACCACCAACAAAUAAGCCAACACAAAAAAAAGCUACACACCUACAAGGAAACCACACAGCGGAAACCAUAACUGUACCCAACCAGCCAACUACUCCAGAAACUGAAAAACCAGCGCCACCACCAAACAGCGAACAACCAGCACCACCACAAAACACAGAACCAGGACAAACUCCCCUCCAAACUGAUCUGGGAGCAGAUAUAGGCGAAAUACUCAGCACCCUCAAGCUCUUCGACAAACAGCGACUGCUGAAUACAAUCAAACUCACCGCUCAAAAACUACGACAAACAAACGACAAAGCCACCAAAGCGAUAAUACUGAUGGAGGCAGUAUUCACCAUCAUAGAGUAG